AAGAAAGAACGUUCCAGUGCAGUCUAGUGCAGGAAUAAAAAACAAGCCUAAAAUCUUUAACCUAUAAGAAAAUAUUCAUAUUUAUAUUUACGUCAUGUAACUUGAAUCCUAUUAAGGUCUAAGACACAGGUUUUGAUAGCCAAACUUAAAAAAAAUUUAUAUUUUUAUUUAAAAAAAAAUUGUUAGGAAAAAGCCUGUUUUUGCUGUGCUUAGGAAAAUCCGAGAUGCCACAAAACCGGAACAAUUUUCAACCUGAUUGACAGAGUAUUAUUGUCUCACCAGAAAAAUAUUGAUCUGUGUAUUAGAAUUUUACUAGAUAAUGGUUAUCCUCUACAUCUUAUUUUUAACACAAUCAAUCGUAGGAUAAAUAAUUACAUUAUAGGAAAAUUAAAUCAACGACAUUAAUAACUCAAGCGAGAAUAACGGAACGGUUGAUUAAAAGAAAAGGAACAUUUUGUUUCUAUAUAUCAAUAAUAUAUCAAAAACUGUAACAACAGCGAUAGAGAAAUAUGAAUUUAUGAUAGGUUAUUGUUGUUUAAACAAAUUAAACAAAUAUGUAAAAGUGCACAAAAAUAAGAGUAAUAGGAACACCAAGAAUAAUGUUAUCUACAAAAUAUUCUGUAAAGAUUGCGAAGCGACAAAUAUUGGACAAACUAAGAGACAAUUAGGCACUGGAAUUAAAGAGCAAAGAAAAACAUAAAAUUAGAUCCGUCAAGACAUUCAAUAGUCACCAAGCACAUAGUAAAUGAAAAUCAUAUGUUUGAUUGGGAUAACACAAAUCUUAGACAUUAAAAAAACUUUUUAUAAAAGACUUAUAUCAGUAACAAUACACAUAAAAGAACAAAAAAAACAGCAUAAAUUUAAUAAGGAGAUACUGAAUUACUUGAUAGUGCCUAUUUCGAUAUUCUAAAAAAAAUUACCGAUAUCUUUUCUUAAUAUUUUGUAUUUACAUAUUUACUUCCAACAUAAUAUCAUCGACCUCCGCGCUAAACCUUUAGGACCUCUUUCAUUAAUCUCGGUUAAAGUUAACCAAGAGGCAUUGCUUAUUGUGUGAAAUAGCAAAUGCGAUUAAUCAAUUUCAAUGGACUAACUGAUCGAUUAAAUUGAUGAAAGAGGUUUCUUAGUCGAACACGAGAUCUUCUAUUGUUAAGGGACACAGACAUGUCAAACAAUUAGACAGAAAAUUUGACAUCCUACAUAAGACCAAAGACAUAUAAGAUAAGAUCCAGCAUUAACUAUAUACAUGUGAAGUUAGGUUAGGUUAGGUUAGGUUAGGUUGUGAAGUUGACAACCAAAGAAUAAUGAGAAGAAGAAUGGAAGGUUUGCAACCUGUUUAACUGCGCGUCAUUUAACAUUUCAGAUGUUGACUAUUUGAUCGGCCAUCUUAGAUAUGAGAUGUAAAAGGACCUAAAAAUAAAAUGGAUAUAAAACAUAAAAUUAUACAGAAGUUCAACGAGCACUUGGGAUCGAAUUUAAAAAAUCUCGAGAGAAUUUACGAUUUCCAAGAACAUCUCAAAGCCGAAAAGGAUGAGAUUGAAAAAUCAUUAUCUAUGGCAUCAACCACCACUCCUUCCAAAGUAAAAAUGGUGGUGGAAAAUGUGGAAUAUGUCAAUUAUGAAGUUGAGCAAUUGCAAGAGAUCUGUUUGAAGUUGAGCAAAAGGAUCGAUGAAACGUUUGGCAAAAACGACAAGAAUUUAGAAUUGCAAGAAAUUAUCGACAAGAUAGGUCAGCUGGACAAAUCAUUAUCCUAUCUAUACUUCGUAAAAUAUAUAGAAAACAGUAGCGACGAAAUAGAGACGUCCUUGUUAUCUGGUGAUGACCAAUCUAUGCUAACGCUAUAUACGGGCUUGACGAACAUUAGUCGCCAGUUGCAGAUGUCUGCGUGUCAUCAUCUGGUUAAUUAUGUUUACGAAACUUUGCACUUUUGGCACAAUCUGAUCAAGGAGAAAUUAUCAAAAGAGUACAACGAUUUAUUGAAAACACUAAAGUGGCCCUUUUGCGGAACGAAUGCUACUUCACACCGAAUGCUGAGCACACCUUUACCAGAGACAAUGGCGAGAUUCAAGAUACUCAUCGAAUAUCUCUUUUAUUUGCAAUUACCAGAAGAGAUGAUAAAACCCGUAGUAACAUCUGCGCUGUUGACAGACUUCACACCAGUUAGUUUACCGGUCGCCUUUUUAGUAAGGCCUCUCCGGCAAAGAUUUGUUUACCAUUUUACAGGAGCAAAAUUAACAAACCGUCAAGAUAAACCAGAAUGGUUCUUUACACAAAUAUUAACAUGGAUUAAGGACCAUGUUCAGUGGCUACAAAAGAAUAUUCAACCCAUAGCGGAUUCUGUAGGUUUUGGACGCUUGGACAUAAAGGUCGAAUUUAUGCGUGCUCUAGUUCAGCUAGCCGUUGAAAAGCUUCAUUCCGAAUUGUCCAUAGUGCAAUACGACGAUACUCUAUUUGCACAUUUAGUAGAUGAAGCUUUAGGAUUUGAAAGAGAGUUGCGAGAAACUUUGUUAUACCCUCAAACUCAGCCAGCAACCAUUUUCGUUCUCACGCAAGCCCAUAUUUUUGUAAAAUGGAUAAACAUGGAAAAAAAAUAUGCGACUGAAAAAAUGGAUGCAAUAUUAAACUCGAAUACAGCAUGGGAAAGACUAAUGGGCCACGAUAUAGAUGACAUGAAAGUCACUGAAUGUGCAGAUGCUUUUCUCACGCUUCUUACCACAAUUUCUGAUAGAUACAAACAUUUGCCUCAGCCUGGACAUAGAUUACAGUUUCUUGAGCUGCAAUUAGAAUUAAUUGACGAUUGGCGAGUACGAUUGCUACAGUUGUUACAUGAAAAUUAUGAAGAUCCAUUAACAUCACUCAUGCCGUACAUUCUCAACACUCUACAUUACGUCGCAACCAUUUUAGAAGAAUGGGGUGUAACUGUUCACUUUUUACAACUGCAUUUUUACAAAAAACAAUUUGAAGCUGUAGAAAAUGCUACUAAUAGAGGCAAUGAUGUUAGCGAAAAUAUUGGAGAGAUAGAAGGGACCGUAUUUGAUGAGGCUAUGGUUCUUUUGCAACGAUUAGAGAAAGAGCUGAUAAAUGAGAUUAGCGACUCAGUGGCUUUAGACAUAAAGGCAAAGAGUAGACCUUACAGGACAGAUAAAUGGUUCGCAAUGCAGUCUUCAAAAGAAGUUGCUUCAUUAUCAAUAACACCAAGCGGAUGCCCUAUGUUUCAAGAACUAGCCACGCGUCUUCACAUAUUGCAUAAUGUUCUUGCCUUGCCAUUGUUCAAUCAAGCUUGGAAGAAUUUAGCUGCUCAAUUAGAUCAAUUUCUCUUCGAGGAAGUUAUAUUGGUAAAUCAUUUCAAUAGCGGCGGCGCUGAGCAGUUACAGCAUGAUAUUUUGAGGAACUUGUUUCCAUUAUUUGGUCUAUAUAUUAACAAACCAGAAUUGUAUUUUCCUUUAAUCAAAGAAGGGUGUAUACUUUUAAAUAUCUUAAUGGGUUCAGCGAUAUUGCUCCAAGAAACGUUAAAUAAUAACACAAGUGCAUCAAUAGAAGUUUUAGCGGACGUUGGGGUACACAAAAUAUCUGCAAAACUAGCUCUAAAAGUACUAGCGACAAGAACAGACAUUAUCCAUGUAUAGGGAAUCUUACUCUCAAAUAUAUCUUGUAAAAAUGAUAUUUAUUAUAAUUGAUUUUUUUUUAAUGUUUUUGUUAAUAAGUUAGAUAUAUUUUUCUAUUCUUUAUUGUUAUAUUUAAUAAUAUAAGUCCAGAUAUUCGUAUAUCUUCUGUAAUAACCGUUCUUAACAUAGCAAUGUUAUCCCACCAUUAUCGGCGCCUAACAAUAGUAAGCGAUUGAGAGGAAGGACAGCCAUGGCAGUAAGAAUGCCUUUAAAAGCAUCGGAUUUUAACUUGGAUGAACUUAAUGAUGCAGUCAUUUCGACAGUAGUAUAGACACCAAUUCGAUUCGCUGUCGUUCCAAUCACUAAUUCCUGUUCAUGCAUCGCCAUGCAAUGAACAGGCUCUGUCGCACCUCUGAAAAUCAAUAAAGAAUAAUUUACAUAAA